CGACUGAGCACCUCUCCCAUCAUUUCCGUGAUCCUAGGACGACACUGAGGGACCAUCAUCGAAGCGUAGCAGCGAUCGACUCGGAGACCUCCUGAUCCUGCAGCGAAGCCAGCACAGCUGGCUUUACACCGAGCUUCUCGCAAAGGGGACAGGCGUGGAAAGCACACGCGAUCUCGCGAUUGCCGAAGCGGGCUACUCACCUUGCCUAGCCUCUGUCGGGUCGCCGCUCCUCUACACAUUGGAUUCUUAUCUCCCAGCUUUUGACCAAAACCAAAACGCAGAAUGUCUGGCAUAGUCAGCUCGGGGCAGAGGUCCCGAGUGGACGUGCCCACCAAGCGGCGCAAACCCGGCCAGGGCCCAAUCAAACGACAUCAUUGGUUCCACGUCGUUGUCAUGGUCUGCGGGUGGAUCAUGCCUCCAAUUGCUGUUCUCAUUCGAUUCGGUGUCGGCUGGGACCUGCUGGUCAACAUCAUCUGCACCGCGGCAGCCUAUAUCCCCGGCCACUUUCACAAUUUCUGGAUCCAAAACAUUCGCAACAACAACAAUGCCAAGCACUCACCCAAGUGGGCCGUCAAGGCAGGCCUCGUCAAGGACUACAACAAGUCCAAGCUCAAGAAGCGCGGCUGGGCUGGGCGCUAUGACGAUGACGGGAUCGCCAUCGGCGGCAAGAGCUACCAUGGGCAGAAGCGAUGGGAUGAGCAGGAAGUCAUCGUCGACCCUCUCACUGGAGAGACGAAGAAGGUGGCAAAGCCGCAGAGCAGGGAUUCCACCUCGCUUCCCAGUCCUUGGGCUGACGAUCCUCUGCGUGAAGAAGAUACAGCAGAUGGCGCAGCGCGCGACUACGACGAUGCAGACGAUGGUCCAGAGGAUGCAGCUCGUGUGAACUAUGCGUCGCACUCCAAGCCAGAUCACCUUCGCCGUGCACCGAACGGCAACAGCAGCAGCGGCAGCAAGGUGGACAAUCGCAAACGCGAUUCUGUCACCGGCGCUAUCAUUGACGAAGCCAUGGGCAGCCACGACGACGCCUACGAUCUCGGCCCUCGACGCUCUCCCUCUGGUCGAUCGUUGCACUCGCAAUACGCAGAGCGCUACCAUCUCGGCGGGGCCAGGGGAGGCAAGGCUGGCAGCAGUGUCAGCCUAAAUAUAAAGAAGCAGCGCAGCCACAAUGCCUCGCGCGAUUCUUUUGGCGCCGCUGUUGCACCUGGCGAGGAGCUGCCGCAGCAACGCAAGAAGGGCGGCUUUGCAGGUAUCUUUGGUGGUGGUGGCGGAAAGAAGAACAAGAAUGGCGGUAGAAGCACCACGGCUGAGGGUGUCAACGGCAGGCAGGAGAGCUUUUACACGCCGUAUGGCGGUUCCAACAACCAGCUCACUGGCCUGCCACCCGGCGGCGCAUUCGGAAACGACGAUAACCUCGACCGCGAGCUGCAAGAUGUCCACCGGUCUGCUGGUCACAGCACUGCUUCGGCAUAUGGCUCGGGGCUGCAGAAGGGCAGCGCAGUACCGGCCAGCAACGGAUACUCGCAAGGACCUGCACAGGUCCAGAAGGACUACAGCAUCAGCAGCGUCGGUGGCGAUGGACUCAAUCACCAGUUUUAAAUAAAGCAGCAUCAAUGGACUGCGGGCAAAGUGUAAUGCUUUGGCAACCUUUUUGACUUGCGCUCGCAUAUCUUACCUCCACCAGUCUUUUAAUCUGCUCAUUCUCUUGAUGUUGUACAAUAACAAAGCGCACACAACGCACGGUCGUUGUCCCAUUC